UAGCGUGUCAUUAUUCACCAGUUUGGAAGCAGCUCCGACCAACCGAAGCCGCCAAAAUGAUGGGCAAGAUCAUCUUCUACGAGGAGAGGAACUUCAUGGGGCGUUCCUGGGAGUGCAGCAGCGACUGCUCCGACAUGUCCUCCUACAUGAGCCGCUGCCACUCCUGCAGAGUCGAGAGCGGCUGCUGGAUGGUCUACGAUCGCGCCAACUACAUGGGCAACCAGUACUUCCUGAGGAAGGGCGAGUACGGAGACUACAUGAGCAUGUGGGGAUUCAACAACUGGAUCAGGUCCUGCCGUAUGAUCCCCAGGUACAGUGGAUCCUACAGGAUGAGGGCCUAUGAGAGGGAGAACUACAUGGGUCAGAUGAUGGAGAUGAGCGAUGACUGCGACUCCUUCAUGGACCGUUAUCAGUGGUCUCACGGCUGCAUGUCCUGCCACGUGAUGGACGGACACUGGCUGAUGUACGAGCAUCCCAACUACAUGGGCAGGAUGUGGUACUUCGGCCCGGGACACUACAGGAACUUCAGGAGCAUGUGGGGCAUGAGCAACAUGAGGUUCAUGAGCAUGAGGAGAAUCAUGGACUCCUGGUACUAAAACAAGUCUCAUGCUGAUGAACGUUAGAGUAUUUUAAAUAAAGUUUUUAGAAAAAAAAAGCAUUAAUAUA